UCCCGCAUUUGUCAAGCGAAAGAGGAAAAAAAAAGAAAAAAAUGAUGGCAAUGUUGAAAUUGACAGCAACUCUAAUAAUUUCAGCAUUGAUAAUUCUUGGAGUCUUCAGCUCUCUUUUCUUUUACCGCCAAUCUCCCUCUUCCUUGUUUUCUAUUUUUACUCAUCUCUCAUCAUGCCUUUCUUUCCCCUUCCCUGACAAAAGUUCUUCAAAAGCAAAGAAAACAUGACCACUAAGCCCUUCGUUUCUCCCCAAUCCCCAUGAAAACUCCCAUAAUUCUUUCACAAAAUUCACCUUGAGAUUUUUUUAUACUUUUCCGAAAGACCUUCCUUUUCUUCUUCCUCUCCAUCCUUUCUCAAUUCCUUCCCAAUUUCUCCCAGCAAUAAAAAAUUCAGCAUUUGGGCCUCCGAGAAUUGGAGACGAGGCCAUGGCCACGGCACAAAAUGAGACUGCAUUGCCCGAGCCCUUGCCUUCGUCGCGGUCGUCGUCCUCCGGGUCGAGAUUCUCCAACCUCCGGGGAGUCCGAUGGCGUAUCGAUCUUGGGGUUUUGCCGAAUUCUCCUGAUUCGAUAGAUGAUCUCCGACGGGUUGCCGCAGAUUCCAGGAGGAAAUAUGUUAGAUUGAAGCGUCGUCUUCUAGUCAAUUCUCAUCCCUCUAAGGAUGAGAAUAGAUCAUCUGGUGUCAUCAUGGACGAUCCACUCUCACAGAGUCCAGACAGCAAAUGGGGCCGCUUUUUUCGGAAUGCUGAACUAGAGAAAAUGCUGGAUCAGGAUCUGUCACGGUUGUAUCCUGAACAUGGGAGCUACUUCCAGACAGCAGCAUGCCAGUUGAUGUUGAGACAAAUAUUGCUCCUGUGGUGUCUUAAGCACCCAGAGUAUGGAUAUAGAAAAGGAAUGCAUGAACUAUUGGCUCCUCUGCUUUAUGUACUUCAUGUUGAUUUGCAGCACCUUUCCCAAGUGCAAGAACUCUAUGCAGACCAUUUUAAUGAUGAAUUUGAUGAGACAUCAUUUUUCGAAUGUGACAUGGUUUCUGAUUAUGGAUUUAAAAAAACCACAAAUAUGAACACAGGGAGUGACAGUGAGAGCUGUUUUUAUGGAGGUGCUGCCAAAGUAUGUUGCCUAGAUAAGCUUGAUCCUGAUACAAGGGAGCUAUUGUUGAUGAAUGAUGCUUAUGGAGCAGAGGGUGAGUUGGGUGUUAUCUUAUCUGAGAAAUUUAUGGAACAUGAUGCCUACUGCAUGUUCGAUGCUGUAAUGAGUGGUGCCCAUGGUGUUGUUGCCAUGGCAGACUUUUUCUCUACCCCUCCUGCUAUGGGAUCUGGUACAGAAUUACCUCCUGUAGUUGAAGCAUCAUCUACAUUUUACCAGUUGCUUCGUAUUGUGGAUUCAUCUCUUCAUAAUCAUCUUGUUGAGCUUGGGGUAGAACCUCAGUACUUUGCACUCCGAUGGCUUCGUGUUUUAUUUGGACGUGAAUUCUCACUAAAAGAUCUUCUGGCAGUUUGGGAUGAGAUAUUCUCUUCUCCCAAUCAUGUAUGUCCUUCAGAUAUAGCAAAUGAUGCAGAUUUUAACUUAAGUCUCUUAUGCUCUCCUCGUGGAGCCUUUAUUUCAGCAAUGGCUGUCUCCAUGCUUCUUCAUCUAAGAUCUACACUACUAGCUACUGAGCAUGCAACCACAUGUCUCCAGAGGUUGUUAAAUUUUCCUAAGGAUAUAAGUGUGAAGAAGCUGAUAGAGAAGGCCAAGUCUUUGCAUACUCUUGCUUUUGAAACAAAUCUCUCAUCAUCUUCACCCCGGGGAGGAACAGUCAGGAAUAAGCGAGCAGUGAGAAGAGCACAUAGUCUUUCACUUGAUUCAGCUUCUCCUAGGACUUCACCGAGCUCAUUACCAGAAAGUUACUGGGAAGAGAAAUGGAGAGUGUUGCAUAGGGCAGAAGAAUCUCACAAAACAAAUGGUGUUUCAACUUUAAGUAAGAUUAGAAAUGGUUCAUUAAAAGAAAAAUUGGGUUUAUUUCGGGUGGAACUGGAUGCCUCUACGGUGAAGAAUGAGAGUCAGAAAAAGGAUGCUCAGUCUUCCAUUCAGCAUAAGAUAUUUGAUAAUGCAUUCCAAGAAGGAGACACCAAGGUGAAUCUUGGUGAGAUUGGAUACAAUGAAAAUCCUGAUAUCUCAGGCAUCAAAGAAUCUUUCUACAUGAAUGCAGAAGUUGGGAAAGAUAGCACUGGAGAGCAGACUGAUCAAAAUUUCAUAGGAAGGAGUUCAGAUGUGGAUGAAGAGGCAUGUUCGAGCAUUAAGCAGUCAUCAGUCUUAUUCAUGGCCACUGGUUCUCUUCAAACCGCCAGUGAGCAUGAGUACGACUCAGAGAAAAGCAUUGUCACGUCAAAUUCUUUUGUUUCUGAUAAUGACUGCGAAACUGGCCGUGUGGAGGAGUUAUGCAGUUCCAAUUGCAACAAGAAAUUACUUCAAGACUCUGAAGCUACUUCUGUUACUGGUGCCAACCUUGGACAAAGAACAAGUAGGACAGAGAAACAUGCAGCAGUUUUAAAAGAGCAGAGACCUCUAUCUGGUAAGUUUCAAUGGUUUUGGAAGUUUGGUAGAGUCUCUGGUGAAGGGAACUUGGAUGAUGGAAAAUGCGUAAAGCAACAAAAAUUCUCUGGUGCUGGAGGUACCUGCAAGGACAUAUCAGAGCCUUUGACUUGUCAUGGGUGCUCUAACUCCUGCAGGGUCAGCAGAAAAUUAGAAGUGGAAGACAAGGAGGUGCUGGGCACUCUGAGGUCUCUCGGACAAUCCAUGCAUGAAAAUAUCCAGGUCAUUGAGUCGGCCUUCCAGCAAGAACAGGGCCAGGUCGGCUUUGUGGAUAACUCAUCAAGCAUCAUUCUUGGAGCUCAAGGACAACUCACAAUAACCACUGCUCUCAAGGAGCUUCGGAAAAUAGGCGACUUACUAUUGGAGAUGUGAGGUCUGUUGUAUAUAUAUGAAAACAACUUCAACUGCCAUUGUUCCAUGCUUGAUGAAUAAUUGAAGUUUGUGGAUUUCCUUUUCCUCGAUCCUUACAUUAUGGCAAAGGCAUGCAGCUGUUUCCAUGU